AACACCUUGGUGGCUCUCUGUGGUCACCCUGCAGUGCUCCGGGCUUGGACCUCUCCUGCCCUGCCCUGCUGCUGUCCUGAGGAGGCCAUCCCGGGGUCUGUGCUGGUUUCCUGGAAUGUGCAUGUCCCUGUCCUCUGCCCUACGCCCAGGAGCCGCUUCCUGCCUGUGGCCAGCCAUAAACAUGGGCUUCUUUCCCUCAGUGUGUCCCUGUGGGGCUACCGGGUGGCCCAGGGCUUUGUUUUUGCCAUCGAGGAGAUCAACAGGAGCGUCCACCUGCUGCCCAACCUGACCCUGGGCUUCUCCACCCGCAACUCUGGGGACUCGGUGCACGGAGCCCCGUUGGAGACGCUGAGCUUUCUCACGGGGCAGGAGGAGCCCAUCCCCAACUAUGCCUGUGGACUCAGCCUGCCCCGGGGGGCCGGUGGGGAUACGCGGUCAGUCCUGACGGUCUCCGUGGCCAGGCUGCUGGGGCUCUGCAAGUCUCCCCGGGUCAGUUGUUCAUCCACACUGCCCAUCCUCAGCGACAAGACCCAGUUCCCAUCCUUCCUUCGGACCCUGGCCAGUGACCUCACGUCCUCCUACGCGGUGACCCAGCUGGUGCUCCACUUUCGAUGGACCUGGGUGGACAUUCCGGCCCAGGAUGAUGACUUUGGGCAGCAGGCCAGCUCUCUGGCUGCCCAGGAGCCUAGCCAGGCUGGCGUCUGCAUUGAGGUCCAGCUCUAGGUCCCUUCCCAGCGGUCCCUGGAGAAGAGCUGCACCGCCGCCGCGGUGGUUCUGGUUUUCCUGAGCCACUCAAAUUUCCUGCCCAUCUCGCAGGGGCUGCUGGGUCUUUGGGUCUCGGGCCAAGUCGGGGUCAGCAAGGGCACUCUGCACCUGGCCAUGGCCCUCAAUGUGCCGGGCGUCUCCCAGGUCUUGCAGGGCUCCUACGGCCUCACGUUUCACAGCCGCCGGGUGCCUGGCCUCCCCGAGUUCUUGGCUCACCUGCACCCCAGCCGGACCCCAGAGGCCAUGUUCAUACAGAGGUUCUGGGAGGACACUUUUGGGUGCACGUGGCCCCACAAGAAUGGCACAGUGGCAAGGGUUGUCCGGCUCUGCUUAGGGAACGAAAGUCUGCGAAGCCAUGAGUAUUCUUUCUGGAAAGUGAGCAAAGUGGACAUCACAUACACGGCCGUCUACAGCAUCGCCCACGCCGCAGGACCUGGUGGCCUGCAGGACCUGGUGGCCUGCGAGCCCUGGGAUGGGACGUGUGUAGACUCUGGGCACUUCCUGCCCUGGCAGCUUCUCCAUCGCCUCAGGAAGGUGCGCUUCCAGACCCGGGGUGGGACCGAGAUGAUGUGUGAUGCCCACGGGGACUUGGUUUCAAAAUCUGACAUUCUGCAAGGGCAGAAGACCCCUGAGGGCUGAUUCCGCUUGGUCCACAGAGGUGAGAUGGACCCUUCGGGGAGCAGAAUGACAGUCCACCUGCAGGAGGGUCUCCAGGUUUCCAGUAUGAACAAGUGUGUGAGUGUGCCCAGCUCUGACUGCAGCAGGAAUUGGCUCCAGGUUCAGCCAGACCCCCGACAGGGAGCCCCUCAUUGCUGUUUCCAGGGCAGCCCCUCUGAGGGCCAGUUUGCAGACCACACAGACGUGAAGCAGUGUUUUAAGUGCCGAGACCGCUGCGUGCCCAGGACAGAGACCUUCCUGAUUUGACGGACCCCUGGGACUCAUGCUGGCCGUGCAGCAGUCCUGCUGGCUGGCCUGGCAGUGCUGGUCCUUGGGGUGUUCCUGAGGCACCAGGACACACCCACGGUCAGGGCCAACAACAGAGCCCUCAGCUAGGUGCUGCUGGCCUCCUUGGUGCUCUGUGCCCUGUGUCCCUUCACCGCUGUCACCUGCCUCCUCCGCCAGACCACCUUUGCUGUUGUGUUCACUGUGGCUCUUUCCUCCGUCCUGGCCAAGACCCCUACUGUGGCCCCAGCCUUCAGAGUCACCAGGCCGGGGUCCAGGGCCCGGGUGUGCCUAGGACGCCGUGCCUCCUCCUCAGUGGUCCCCAUUGCCUCCCUAACACAGGCUGCUCUCUGUGGGGUGUGGCUGGGCACCUCCCCACCAUUCCCAGACAGGGACUUGGACUCUGAGCCCAGUCUCAUCGUCCUCCGGUGCCAGGAGGGCUCCGGCAUCGCCGUCACCUCUCUGCUGGUCUCUGGCCUCCUCGGGGGGGACACCUUCUCUGUGGCCUUCCUGGCUAGGGGUCCGCCUGAUGCCUUCAGUGAGGCCCAGUUCCUGACCUUCAGCAUGCUGCUGCUCUGCAGGGUCUGGACAGCCUUCCUGCCCCCGUGCCGCAGUGCCCAGGGCAAGUCCAGUGCGGUGGAGACCUUCUCCAUCCUGGCCUCCUCUUCAGGGCUUCUGGGGAACUUCAUCCCCAAGUGCCACGUCAUCUUGCUGAGGCCUGAGCAGAACACCCUGGCCUGGCUGAGGCAAGGACGGGCUCAGCGGGAAAGGCAGGGCCAGGUGCCCCGGAGGAGGUGUUCCCGCAGGCCAGCCCCCGCAGCCUCUAGAACCCUCUUCACUGAAGACACCAGGGUGGCAUGUCUGGGGCUCAUCAUUUCUGUGAGGAUCCAGAGACUUAAUGGUCAAGAGAGAAGUGAGGCACACAGGCCAGGUGCUGAUGACUGUUGGAAUUAGGACGGGCACCUGGUCAGUCCUGGGCGGUCCUCUUGGUAUGUAGUGCUCAAAAUUUUCAUGAUUAAAAAUGUUUGGAAAGGGCAGUGAAGUGAGGAGGAGGAGGAGGAGGAAGCACGUGGGAGGAUGUGGGAGUCUGUUGGUGCCAAUGCAGAAUGGAAACCCGUCUGUCACUCCUUGAAAGGUCAAGUGUAGACUUACCAUGGGACCUGGUAAUUCCACUCCUGGGCGGAACGGGGAGAAACGAAAACAUAUAUGAAAGGUGUAAAUGAAG